AUGCGAGCGGCGCCAAUUUUGUCCAUGACCUCGCAAGAUGUGGCCCGCCUCCUUUUGUCCCGUCGGCCUGCUGGGCUGCGGUCGUUCAGCGCGGCCAGCAAGCUGAUGCACGGACAACGGAAGGCCCCGAUGCGCAUGACCACGGAGGAAGCGUUCGUGAAGACUCUCCAGAUGCAUGGCAUCAAGAACGCCUUUGGCAUCAUCGGCUCUGCCAUGAUGCCGAUCUCGGACCUCUUCCCAAAAGCAGGCAUCAAAUUCUGGGACUGUGCACACGAGUGCAAUGCUGGAAUGAUGGCAGACGGCUACACACGGACAACAGGGAAGAUGUCGAUGAUGAUCGCACAGAACGGGCCUGGCAUCACCAACUUCCUGACGCCCGUGAAGACAGCCUACUGGAAUCAUACUCCGCUGUUGCUGGUCACGCCGCAGGCAGCGAACAAGACCAUAGGCCAGGGUGGGUUUCAGGAGGUGGAGCAGAUGAACAUGUUCAAGGACUGCGUUUGCUACCAGGAGGAGGUGCGGGACCACACCCGCAUCGUCGAGGUGCUGAACCGCGUGAUCGAGAAGGCUUUGCUCUGCAGCGCGCCGGCGCAGAUCAACAUCCCCCGAGACUACUGGACGCAGGUGGUGGAGCUGCCUCUGCCCACGGGCGUAAAGCUGGAGCGCACGGGGGGCGGCAAGGAGUCGACCCGCCGCGCCGCGGAGCUCCUCUCCGAGGCCAAGUUCCCGGUGAUCCUCAACGGUGCCGGGGUGAUCCUCUCGGGAGGGACCGAGCAGUCCGUGAAGCUGGCGGAGCGCUUGGGCGCGCCGGUUUGCUGCAACUACCAGCACAACGACGCCUUCCCGGGAGACCACCCGCUUGGUGCUGAGCAGCUGCGCAGCGCUGGCGCCGGAAGCUGGGAGCGCGGGCGGAGCGCGCGGCCCUGCGGUGAAGAGGAAGGCCAAGGUCGACUGGGCAGCCUGACUGGAGAGCCUGGACCACGAGCUGGACGACGAGGGCACCACCUGGAACCAUCGCGCGCGCCAGGCAGCGCCGGAUUUUAUGUCUCCGCGCCAGGCCUGGCGCGCGAUCAUGCGGGUCAUGCCCAAGGAGGCCAUCAUGUCUUCGGACAUCGGCAACAACUGCGCCAUUGCAACGCCUACCCCUCCUUCGCCUCGCCGCGGAAAUACCUGGCCCCGGGCCUCUUCGGGCCCUGCGGCUACGGCUUCCCGGCCAUUCUGGGCGCCAAGGUGGGCAACCCCGACGUGCCCGUGGUGGGCUUCGCUGGGGAUGGCGCCUUCGGCAUCUCCGUGAAUGAAAUCACUGCCUGUGGCCGCGGGGAUUGGCCCCCGGUGACCAUGGUGGUCUUCCGGAACUUCCAGUGGGGCGCGGAGAAGCGCAACACCACGCUCUGGUACGACGACAACUUUGUGGGCACUGAGCUCAACAAAGGCGUGGAGUACGCGGAGAUGGCCAAAGCCUGCGGUCUGAAGGGUGUGAAGGUGCAGUCGGUCGAGCAGCUGGAGCGAGCCUUGAGCUCGGCCAUCGAGGGCCAAAUGAAGCGCGGAGAGACGACCCUGGUUGAGGUGCUGCUGAACCAGGAGCUGGGAGAGCCCUUCCGCAGGGACGCCAUGAAGGCUCCGGUGCAGGUCGCCCCCAUCAAUGCCAGCGACAUGGCGGAGUGA